AUGGAUUCCAUGGAGAGCCAACUGAGAGAAAUGUUAAGAGAGUUUAAAUCUAGAAGCAAGGCCAAAGUUAUUCUGGAAUCAGGUUUAUUCAUGCUUAUUUUGUUGUUCCUGUUUGUUGGAAACUCCUUAAUACUCCUGGUUCUGUUGUUAAACCGACGAAUGCGAACCAUUCCAAACAUGUUCGUGGCAUCACUCGCCGUCUCCGACUUAUUACUAGGAGUUUUGAGUGUAGGUCCUUUAGGCAUCCCUACAUUAGUGACUUCUCAUUGGCCUUUUAAUGACACGAUCUGUCAAUUUCAAGGUUUCAUUAUUAUUACGUUGGUUGUUGCAUCGAUUCAAACAAUGGUCUUCAUGGCGGUGAACAGAUAUUUUAGAAUCGUCAAAUCGACAAAGUACCGCCGUUACUUCACCAAGACGAAAACCCUAACUAUGAUUUUUGUGACAUGGCUCUAUUCUAUUUGUGUUCCACUAAUUCACUUGCUAAGAGGGAAAAAAAUGAUCUUUCAUCCCGCCAAGUUCUUCUGUUCUUUUCCAAUCGAAAGCAGUGCAUUUCUGGCCUACGGUUUUCGGCUUUACGUAGGGAUUCUUACUUGCGUUAUCAUCUACUGCUACUUUAGAAUCUUCACAACAGUUCGCCGCCACAAUAACAAUUUUCCUGGCAAUCCAAUAAGCCCGGUAAACGUAGAAGAAGUUAAGGUGGCUCGCACCAUAUUCGUAGUAGUGGUGUUUUUUAAUCUGUGUUGGAUUCCAGUCUUAACAAUUGACCUUGUGGACACGGCUCGCCAAAAGUGGAUCUUCCCUCCCGAGGCUUACCUGGCAUAUACAUUUAUGGCCACAAUAAGCAGCGCUUUGAAUCCACUAAUUUACGGCGUGCUCAACAAGAGUUUUCGCAAGAAUUAUCUGAAGGUACUACGUUGCAGAUGCUGCCGUUCUCAAGCUGUCGUAGAGCCAUUGGCUAUGCGAGUAAGAGCGAGUGUUGUCGCCAUGAGACCAUAGCCAUAAUUAAAAGAUACAGAUGGAAACGAAUUAGCAAUUUAGGUUGUGUCGAUUCACACAUUGACCGUUUUCACAAUUGAGACUGACUAUCUGCAUGUUCAAAACCCGUCAAAAUUGACAGACAAGCAGACAGAAAAAAUCAGACCAAUUAUUCGUCCAAAAUUAGAACCGUUCCGUUUUCACAUAAAGACUGAUUAUUAUUCAACGGAUAACCCGUCUGAGACGGAUGAUCCUCUCUCGUGUGAAAACGGUCAUUGGCCUUAA